ACGAUCCAAGAUGGCGGAGGGCCUGGACGAGCUCCUGGACGAGGUCGAGUCCAAGUUUUGCCGACCAGGCCCCCUGAGGCGGGGCGCGGCCGCACGGCCCCGAGGCUGCGGCGGCGGCGUCCUCGGCACCGAGCGGGACCGGGCCGCGGCGGAGGAGACCCUCAGAUCAGCAGAAACAUUUGAGAAAGAAGAUGAUCUUGACAGUCUUAUUAAUGAAAUAUUUGAAGAACCCAACUUGGACAAAAAACCCGUUAAAUUAAAAUCUAAAUCUUCAUGUAACCCAUCUGUCAGAGCUUCCACUCAAAGUCUUGGUAAGAGUUGCAGCCCAGUGUACCUUGGUGGGAGCACUGCCCCUUGUGGCAUUGGAACAAAUACUUCACAGAGAGCCUGUGACCGCCUGCGCUGUGUAGCGUGUGAUUUCAGGGUAGUCAGCUACGACGACUGUAUGUGGGACCAGUCAUGCGAUUAUCUGUUUUUCAGAAUCGUGUCCGGGUUCCUUAGGACAGCAUCCAGGACCCUCCACCGUCCAGCCCCCAUCUGUCUGUGACCCAGCUUGUCCUUGCACGGUUUACUUUUCACCUUCACAAGAGUCCAGCUGCAUCAGAGUACCCAGUACUGCCACUCCCUGUGACGGUGCAAGCUCUUCCCUUGCACUGGGAAAGGACACCUUCCCACCACCCCACCCUUUCGUAACCUAAGACCUGGCCUGUCCCUCAGGGUGUACAGUUCACUGCACAUCUUCCAUGAUCCCCUCGCCACUCUGUCAACUUGGGAGUGAAUUCAUCAUAUGUGUCCAGGGCACUUUGUACCGCUUCUAGCACUCACUGGAAUCCAAGAUUGAAAAUCUCGGGUUGGUAUGUGUCUGCCUCCCUCCUUGUGGUCAGGAUAAUGUCUUUUUUUUUUAAGAUUUAUUUUUAUUUAUUUAUGAUAGACAUAGAGAGAGAGAGAGAGAGGCAGAGACACAGGCAGAGGGAGAAGCAGGCUCCAUGCAGGGAGCCCACGCGGGACUCGAUCCCAGGACUCCAGGAUCGCGCUCUGGGCCAAAGGCAGGCGCUAAGCCACUGAGCCACCCAGGGAUCCCCAGGAUAGUGUCUUACUGGUAUUUUUGCAGUUUAUACAUUCUUAUACACUCACUCCAUACCCAAUUUUAAGAUGUUGUAAGUUUUAAAAAUGAAUCUGAAUUGUACAUUAUAUGGGGCACCUGGAUGGCUCAGUCAAUUAAGCAUCCGACUCUUAAUUUCGGCUCAGGUCUUGAUCUCGAAGUCAUGAGUUCAAGCCCUGCGUUGGGCUCUGUGCUGGGCGUGGAGCCUACUUAAAAAACAAACAAAUACAUAAGUAAAUAAACAAGUAAAAAUAGGCUAUAAAUCAUGCUUCACAUUUUCAAAUAAAAAUGAAGAGCUAAAAAUUAAUGAAGUGUAUAUAUCAUGCAUUUUUAACCCCCCCCCCAUUGCCCAGACCUAGGCCUAAACAAGAAUUAUAUUUUCUAAUACAAGCAACCAGAAUAUGCAUCUCUCUCUAGAAGCAUAAAGAAAAAGGUGAGAGUCUGUGUUCCACACCUCAUCUGGCAGCCGUUCUCUUGUAAAUCCACAGGAGUCUCCACUUCAUGAAUCGUUUUUUAAAACUCUUUCAUAUCAAACCACUUUGAAAAAUCCCGUGAAAACUUUGAGACCUCUCCCACACAUACAGAAAAAUUCAAAUAUACAAAUUCAUGGAAAAAUUACAGCUUGCGAGGUUUCACAUUUCCCAGCCCAAAUGAAGCCUAAUGCAGUCCCAAACACUCAGGUCAGGUUAGCCUAUAUUUAAUCCCAGAGUUGGAAAGGUUAGCUUUUGAUUUCAUGUCUGUUUUGCCAUUUCUGACUCCUCUCCAUCGUCUUUCUGUCCUAACUUCUGGUUAAUGUAAUGAGUGGUCAGUAAUCCCCCCGUGUCACCAGUGGGAACCAUCAAUUUUUAUACCACGAGCAUAGAAUAAUAGGUGCAUAUCACAUCAGUGCUGUG